UUCUUUUAAACCUCAUCAAUCAACAGUCAUAAUCAUCGUCGUCGUCAUCAUCAUCAUCAACCCAUUUAAGAUCUUGUGUUUAAAAUGUCUCUUCUUACACUCUCCUCUAAUUCAGUUCCUGCUCUAUGUUUCUCAUUCUUCAUUCUUUUCUCUACUGUUUCUGCCUUUAAUAUCACCAAAAUCUUGAGCGAUCACUCAGAUUUCAGCAACUUCAAUGAUUUGUUGACGAAAACCCAACUUGCAGCCACCAUUAAUAGUCGACAAACAAUUACAAUCUUAGCUGUUGAUAACGGUAACAUAUCACCUAUUUCUGGUCAAUCAGUAGAUAUGCAAAAGAAGAUCCUGAGCAUGCAUGUGAUCUUGGAUUACUAUGAUGAUGCAAAGCUACAAAAACUACCAAACAAAACUGAACUUCUUACAACUCUUUAUCAAUCAAGUGGUCAAGCUAAAGGGCAAGAAGGUUUCUUGAAUGCAACAUUAGUGAAUAAUCAAGUUACUCUUGGUUCAGCUGUUCCUGGAUCAGGUCUCAAUGCCAAGUUGGUUAAGGCUGUUGUAACCCAACCCUACAAUGUUUCAAUAUUGCAGGUUAGCAGUAUUAUAAUGCCUUCAUCAGGUGGUAGCAGCAGUAGUAAUUCAAGCUCGAAUUCGACAUCGGCACCUCCAUCGUCAAGUACAUCUUCUUCUCCUGCAAGUAGCCCUGGAAACUCUCCGGCUGCACCGAAAAGUUCUCCUUCACCAGCAGGCAGCAAGGCACCUGCACCAACCACAGGAAAGGCACCAGCUGCAGCUCCUAAGGCACCAUCCGACGCAAGUUCACCGUCCUCUGAGGCCGAGACACCAGCAGGGUCUCCUCAAGCAUCAUCAAACGCACCAUCAGGAUCUCCUCAAGCAUCUACACCAGCGGAUGCUGCAGUACCCACAGCAGAUACUCCCGUCUCGUCUCCUCCUGCCAUGGGUCCAACAGCGGAUGCUCCAACCGCAGAUGGUCCUGCUGCGGAUACGCCUGCUCCUUCUGGUGCAACUACCAUUGUUGGAACAGGUCCUAGGGCUGCCAUGGUUGUGAUGGUUUUGUACCCACUUUUGGCUCUAGCCAAGAUGAUCUGAUGCAAAUAGGAGAAAUAAAGAGUAUAGAAAGAUUAGUUUGUUUGCACUAGCCAGGUGCACCUUUUAAAGUACUGAUGGCAAAUCUGUAUCUUUUUUUUUUUUUUUUUCUUUUGGCGUUGAGUUAUUCAAUUCAAUCAAUUUGUAAAACCUUCCGUUAGAUAUGAAAUUCUCCUGUUCAUUUGAAAAACUGUCAAUCUUUGAAGAAACACUAAAUAUAUAUAUGCA